GAGCCGGAAGAGGAAGUCAGCAGCUGCAGGCUAAUAAAGGCAGGAGGAGAAGGUGAGCCGCGAUGCAGCGGUAAGAGUCAUCAAGUUUCCGGUCGCCCUUCGCGGAAAUGCCGUUUGCAGACUUCUUCGCGGCCCUGAAAGACAAUCCCUACUUUGGGGCGGGGUUUGGCCUGGUUGGUGUUGGCACAGCAUUGGCUUUGGCCCGCAAAAGUGCCCAGCUUGGCAUGGUCGCCUUCAGGAGGCAUUACAUGAUAACGCUUGAGGUGCCCAGCAAGGACAAGAGCUACCAGUGGCUGCUGAGCUGGAUCUCCCACCAUGCCAAGCAUACGCAGCACUUGAGCGUUGAGACUUCGUAUCUACAGCAUGAAAGCGGGAGAGUCAGCACCAAGUUUGACUUCGUCCCGAGUCCUGGGAACCACUUCAUUUGGUACAAAAAGAAAUGGAUUCGCAUUGAGAGGAACCGAGAGAAGCAGAUGAUUGACCUGCACACUGGCACACCUUGGGAGUCCGUCACCUUCACCUCCAUAGGGACCAAUCGGGAUAUCUUCUUUAACAUUCUGCAGGAAGCCAGAGCACUGGCGCUGCAACAGCAAGAAGGCAAGACUGUGAUGUACACGGCGAUGGGCGCGGAGUGGCGGCCCUUUGGGUUUCCGCGGCGAAGAAGGCCGAUAAGCUCCGUAGUCCUGGAAGAGGGAGUGUCUGAUAGGAUUGUCCAGGAUGUGAAAGGAUUCAUCAACAACCCCAAGUGGUACAUAGACAGAGGAGUACCCUACAGAAGGGGCUACCUUCUCUACGGACCUCCCGGGUGUGGGAAAAGCAGCUUUAUCACGGCGUUGGCGGGAGAGUUGGAGUACAGCAUCUGUCUGAUGAGCCUUAGUGACAACAGCCUCUCUGAUGAUCGCCUCAACCACCUGCUGAGUGUGGCCCCGCAGCAGAGCAUUAUUCUGCUGGAGGAUGUGGACGCUGCGUUCGUAAGCCGCGAUCUGACCAAACAGAAUCCAACUGCGUAUCAGGGCAUGGGACGCCUGACCUUCAGCGGUCUGUUGAAUGCCCUGGAUGGGGUGGCCUCUACAGAAGCUCGAAUUGUUUUCAUGACCACAAAUCACAUCGACAGGUUGGACCCAGCGCUGAUUCGGCCAGGUCGGGUGGAUGUAAAGCAGUACGUAGGACAUUGCACGCGGUGGCAGCUGGCACAGAUGUUCACGCGCUUCUACCCAGAUCAGACCCAACACACGGCAGAGGAGUUUGCCGACUCGGCUCUGUCGGCCUCAGACAAGAUCAGCGCCGCCCAGGUCCAGGGACACUUUAUGCUGCACAAGAACGAUCCAAAGAUUGCUAUAGAGAACACCGGCUCCCUGGCUACAUGAUGGGUCAUUUUAUUUUAAGGAGAUCGUUAUUGUUCCAGAUCAUUUAGUUAUCACCCAGUCUGUUUUCCGUAACAGUUAUGGGAGGGAUUUAACAAGCGGAGAGACCAGAGCCCUCUUUUAUAGGGGUGUCCGCUGCUUUGCAGGUUUCAGCCUUCACUUAAAGCGGAGGUUCACCCAAAUAACAUUUAUAUCAGACCAACUUCCUUAUA